UAUAAAGACUGGUUGGCUAACUUAUUCUCAAAUCACAUAAAAUAUCUUGGUGGAUCGAAGGCACGCGGCGAAUAGGAGGAAUCGAACCAGCAUGCAUUCGUCCAUAGAAAUUUUACUCGUUGCAGUCGUAUUGACGAGCGAGGUGUUAUCACUAAGAUGUCCUGGUACAAUUCCACUUCAAAACAAAUGCAAAGGAAAGAGGUGCAUUCCUCGCGUAAGAAGAACUGAAAUUGACUGGAAUUCGGCGUCAACAAGAGGCUUCACAGUCACUUGGUUACCGGAACCUUCCGCCCAAUGCUACUAUGUAGAACUGUUGAAUUCAUAUACAAUUCAUGUGUUACGCGUAAUUCCAUGCCACGAAGGAACUACGAUUGAGUUUUCCAACCUCUCUCCUUGGAGGAUUUACGGAGUUCAAGUUAGCGCGGUCAGUUAUGACUGUCGACGCGGUAAACAAGGAGUUCCUGCACGUGUGCGAACACUCUGGGCCCCAACUACUACUCGAGCGACAACAACGAGGCCCAUGCCAACACCCGAGCCUGGUAAAUGCGGAAGAAGAAAAUUUACUUGUGCUUCCAACGAAACUGAGUGUAUUCCAGCUCGACAGUGGUGCAACAGGCAAUUAGAUUGCAUGGAUGGUAGUGAUGAACGUGGUUGUCCGGGCGGAUGUGAAGAGAUUGAUAUAGAUUUCAAAAAUGGAAACUAUUCCUGCACGAGAUGGGGUUCACCUGGAAGCUUCUGUGCAUUUGACUGCGAUAAACCACACAUCAGUGAUGGAAGGGAAUACACUUGGUGUGGAAGAAAAACCGGGAAGUGGACCUACCCAGUUCCCACUUGUAGAUUACAAUCAACAAAAAAUCUUAUAAUGUUAGAAGAGGAGGCAACAGCAACCAGUCUAACUGUGAAAUGGGACGCAGUACCCGGAGCAGUACGAUAUUCUUUUCUGGCAGUAGAGGUCACCAGCGACAAAUACAAGAAUAUGGCAGUUAUGAGAAUAAAAUCUGUAAGUUCAGAAGAUUGCUGCACUGGGACAAUCACCGAUCUAAAACCGGAUAGUGAUUUUAAGGUUGUCAUGACAGCAGUAGACGGAGAUGAUGUUGACGGUAUCAAAUCAUUUCCGGUGUUUGGUCGCACUGCUAAUUUGGAAGAUGAGACUGAAAAAGGUAAAGAUGAUGACACAAAAGGAGAGGAAGAAGAUAAAGAAGAAGAAAAAGAGAAAGUAGAAAGGGAAAAAGAAGAGAAAGAGGAAGAUAAGAAUGAUGAAGGCUAUGAGUAGACUGUCAGCUAAACUCAACCACGACGUAUUGGAGAACUUGUAUAUGAUUGAAAGGAAAUUAAAUGUUUAUAUCUUUCGCACUUAUUUGAUUCAUCGGCAUUAAGGACAUAUUUUUUUCGGUGACAUACAUUUGAACCCAAGUGUAUUAUAUCCGCGGGUUCAAACUAUAUGCGGGUGCUGAAACUCAUGGGUUAGGGUUAGUAUAUGUGGGUUCAAAUAUCCGCAAAACAAAAAAAAAAUUCCUAGGUGCAAUAGUAUGCAGGUGCAAUUGCCGUGGGUUUCAAAUGUACGGGAACCAUUUUUUUUCCAAUAUAGGAACCAUUAUAAUUACCAUGGGUGGCGAACCACUGAAAAUUUCUGUGAUACACAGAUUUGUAAUAAUUAAUUUACAUUAAUUUAAGCUAACAAUAAGUGAAAGAACUGAUAGUCGUAGUGGGCAGCUACUAUCAUAAAUUAUUUACGACGUUUAUGACAUAACAAUACAUUCGCGAUACUCAAGUCGCAAUAUUCUUGCUACAAGAGCUACAUGUGUAGAUUGCAAAACUCCACAAUACCAAACCAGAAAUAUAAUAAACUAAUGCAAAUUCAACUUUCUCAAUAAUUCAGGCUUGAUUAAAUCUAAUGCCACAUUCUUUUAUGAAAAAAAUAUAAUCUGUGACCUAGUAAAAAUUCUUUCCUUUGUUUAUACUAUAAAAUUUACGCUAGAAAUAGAACAGGUUCAGACUAAAUUUUCUUUGGACUUUGAAAUAUCUAAACAAAGUGACUUUGACACUUUGCCGAAUGUUGACAAAAAUUUUGACGCCAUCUUGAGAAAGCUAAUUUCUAUCUCUUUGUCAUGGGACAAUCAAAUUUUUACAACUUUGACAAAGCGUACAUAUUGUAUAAACUUAUUAUGCUUACUUUUAUAAAUACAACAUUGGUUUUAUAUCGCGCUUAUAGGGUGACGGCCGUGAUUCAAUUCUUAUGACUAAAGUCAAUUGUGACAUUUGAUAUAAGAAUAUCUUAAAUCAUUGUGUAUAACAAAUCAAUAGUGCCACAAGACUGUUACCAUGUCACCUAUAUUUGCAUGAACAUUGUUCGCUUUUAUGACUCUUACUUUUUCGCGUGAAAUAUACGCAUUCCUAGAGUAUAUAUUACAAUAAAAAUGGUUCAUAUAUCGCA